GGUGGUGACUGGGGCGUAGUAGUAAGAGAGAGAGCUGCUGCCGAAGAAGAAGGCGAUUAAGAUGGCGGCUUGUGCCGCGCAGGGACUCUCCCCCCGCAGCCGGGCCCUGUAGAAGGAGGAAGCCGCGCACAGGUCACCCGUCCCCCUCAGCGCCCGGUCUUGCCCUCUCGUCUCCCGCCGCACACCCUCCCCGUGCAUCACCCGGGUCACUUCCCCACCGUGUUCCCCGCACAAUGGGGGUGCAGGGCUUCCAGGAGUUCCUGGAGAAGCGGUGCCCGGGAGCCGUGGUGCCCGUCGACCUGUUGAAGUUGGCCAGGACUGUGGCCCGGCAGCAGCACCGGGCGGGCAUGUCACCCGGGGGCUACCCGCCGGCCCCACCGCCUCCCCCGCCACAGCCCCCCUCCCCGGCGGCGCCCCCUCUCUGCCGGGUGCUGGUGGACGCGGACUCUGCCCUGCAGCGGCUCUAUGGAGGCUACCAGACGGACUGGGUGUGCGGGGGCCAGUGGAACGCCAUGCUGGGCUACUUGGCGGCUCUGUCCCAGGCCUGUCUCUACCAGGGCGGCCUGGAGCUGGUGGCCAUGUUCAACGGCACGCUGGCCAAGGAGAGGCUGCCCGAGUGGGCCCGCAGGGCGCAGGGGGAGCGGCAGACAGCCCAGCUCAUUGUCAGCCACGUUGGAAACAAGGGCACCCCGCCUCCCCGGGCCUGGUUCCUGCCGCCCGCUUGCCUGGCUCACUGCAUUCGCCUGGCCAUGAUCCGGUUCAGAGUGAAGGUGUUUCAGAGUUUGGAGGAUCAUCACCUGGAAGUGGUUUCCUUUUUUCGGGAGAAUGGGUUCCAUGGCCUCAUUGCUCAUGAUUCUGAGUACGCUUUGUGUAACAUUCCAUCUUACUACAGCUCUCAUGCUCUGAAGCUCAGCUGGAAUGGGAAGAAUCUCACCACCAACCAGUUUCUGAUGCAAGAGGUAGCCAAGCAGCUGGGCCUCAAGAUGAGCAACUUUCCCAUCUUCGCUGCCCUUUUGGGUAAUCAUAUUCUGCCUGACGAGGAUUUAGCCGCAUUUCAUUGGAGCUUGCUGGGUCCAGACCAUCCUCUCGCAACAUUAAAGGUGCGUGCCCACCAGCUUGUCCUGCCACCUUGUGAUGUGGUAAUAAAAGCCGUCUCUGAGUAUGUGGCAACGAUCAAAGAUGCCUCUAAUUUGGAUGCAGUGGGGAAGGAAAUAUUCCGAUACUCGCAGUCCAGGACAGAAGAUAAAAUCGAACGAUUUAAGAAAGCUGUGGAGUAUUAUUCGGUUGCAAACAAACAGCGUCCACCUCAGCUCAACACCUCUCCUUUUCUCAUUGCAGGGUAUGGGCCCAAUCAAUUUGGAGUUCCCCCUCUACCGCACAACCAGAUGGGAGGAGUGCAUGUUGGUAAGCCCAUGUUUGGACAUCAGAUGCCUGCAAAGCUACAUUAUCAGCACCACCCAUUUCCUCCUGGUCCCAACUCUGGUUUUGUAUUCCCUACUCACCACAUGGGUGAUUUGUCCCACUUCCACGAUGACAGUCUUUUAAAAGGGGGUCCAUUUUCUGGCUGGUCCAUGCCCUAUGACACGACUGCUUCCAAGUUCCACAAUCAUUUGACUUUGAAGCCUUCUCCAUCAUCUGGCCAUGAAUCGUCACCAUCCUCUUCCUCUGAUGAAGAUCAGAAUGGUGCCACAUCUAAUCAUGUUACAGAGGGACGACCGCAUAAGACUAACUGGGAGGAGCACUCCGGAGAAAAGGUUUCCCAGAACUGGGUCCAUCAGGGAGCUGGCGGAGAGCCUGCCCAAAAUCUGAGACACAAUGAGUCGCAGAUUCCAUCUUUGCUGUCCAUGGCCACUAGAAACCACAUGGAUAUCACCACCCCACCGCUGCCACCAGUGGCCCCUGAGGUUUUACGAGUGGCAGAGCAUAGACACCGUCGUGGUCUUAUGUAUCCAUACAUCUACCACGUACUCACAAAGGGCGAGAUUAAACUGCCUGUAUGCAUAGAGGAUGAGUGCAACACUGAUCUCCCUCCUGCUGCCAUUCUCUUCCGCCCAUCACGCCAGUACGUUUACGGAGUACUGUUUAGCUUGGCUGAGACUCAGAGGCGGCUGGAGCGGCUAGCCAUGCGCCGGCGCCUGCCUGUGGACGUUCCGCCAAUGAUAAUCAAGGAAUGGUCCGCCUACAAAGGGAAGUCUCCUCAGACUCCAGAGCUGGUGUCCGCCUUGACCUUCAGAGAAUGGACAUGUCCCAAUUUAAAGAAGCUAUGGCUUGGCAAAGCUGUAGAAGACAAGAACCGCAGAAUGAGAGCCUUCUUGGCAUGUAUGAAGUCGGACACUCCCAGCAUGCUAAACCCGGCCAACGUCCCGACUCACCUCCUCCUAAUGUGCUGCGUACUGCGGUACAUGAUGCAGUGGCCUGGAGGAAGGAUAUUACUUAGACAUGAGUUGGAUGCGUUCUUAGCACAAGCUGUUUCUGCGCAGCUAUAUGAGCCAGACCAACUGCAGGAGCUUAAGAUUGAAAAGCUGGAUGCCCGUGGUGUACAACUUGCUGCUCUCUUCAUGAAUGGGGUGGAUACUGCACUUUUUGCCAAUGAUGCCUGUGGACAGCCCGUCCCCUGGGAGCAUUGUUGCCCUUGGAUUUACUUUGAUGGGAAGCUGUUCCAGAGCAAGCUGAUCCGAGCAGGCCGGGAGAAAGUCCCUUUAAUUGAACUGUGUGACGGUCAGGGAGAACAGGCAGCCAAAGUGGAGAAGAUGAGACAGAGCAUCUUGGAGGGGAUUAAUCUAAAUCGCCAACCUCCUCCGCCACUUUUGCCUCCGCCUCCUUUCAUGCCUCCUAUGAUGCCACCAUUUUACCCUGUUCCACUCUAUCCCAGGGCCAUGGGUUCUAUGCCCCCUCCUCCUGGAAGAAACCGAGGUUUUUCAGGUGUUCAUCCCAUACCUCCACAAGGGGGCAAGCUGGAAAUUGCGGGUAUGGUUGUAGGUCAAUGGGCAGGCAGCAAACCUUCUCGCGGCCGGGGAGCUUUUGGCAUGCAGGUGGUCUCGGUUGGGGGUCCAGGAAAGGGACGUGGUAGAGAUCCUGCUGUUAAUAAUAAAGUGACAAAAAAUAACAAAAAAGUGAACAAACAGGGUUCCACAGACAGCCGCAGCCCAUCCCAUGUGAAUGGGACCAGUGGAAGUGCAGCUCCAGAGGAAGAAUCCAGCCCUCAAAGUGUACCAUGUGCCGUAUCCCGAGAGUGCACCGACCCUUGCAGCAACGGCAACACCUCUCACUUAACAGGAAUGAGCAGUGAAGAAGUGGACAAUUGCCAUGAUGACAAGCUGGGUCCAACAGCACUACAAAAGGAGGAGUGAGCAGAGCAGGGACAUGUAGGGCAAGCAUUGGAGGAGGAGAGUGUCGGAGGGAGGAACAGGGCCCAAAUAUGUAUCCCUCCACACCUAUAUUUACCUAAAAUCUUUAUGGUGCUGUGGUUGUUGAGUGAUUUCUAUGUCACCCCGGUCUAAUGUGUUUUUUUAUCCCCCCACACAACAAAAGGACCUUCUGUUCCUACCUAAAAUGUUAAUUUAGUGCGAUCUAAAAUUUGACACAAGCUGUCUUCUGUCUCCUUUAAAAAUUGCACAGUAUGGAGACAGUGGUUGCCUUAUGGUUUUAUAUACGUUUCAAGGCUGCUAACUGUCUCUGGUGAUCUACAGACUUACCUGGAGACCACGAAGGGGGGCAGAAUGGCCAAGGAUAGAUAAUGCCUCACCUUCGCCCCGUUAUGAUUGACAUGUAGGGCUGUGCUCUGCUCCCUAAUGAGGUCUAGCCAGUAUUAGGCAAUACCACUGGGAUACUGAAGGUGCCAUGCCACGCGCUCACAUUUCUCUGUGCCUCCCAACUCUCUCCUCCUCCGACCCUCCCAAUGUGGAGUCCUGCCAGACUACCACAACCUGUAGAUAAUGUGGGACUUUUUGUCAAAAUUUUAUUAAUAUUAUUUUUUAUAUGUACAUAUAUCUAUAUAUAUAUAUAAAUAUAUAUAAAUAUAUAUAAAUAUGGCCUUUGUACAAAGAGGAAUUUCAGGAAAGAGACUGUCAUGGGCAGAUUUUUCCUGCCUUCGGAUAAGGUCAAGCCUGCGUUGUGCUGGGUCAUUUCAUUCGGUCCAGUUAGGAAGCUGAGGAACCUGCCUCCAUCUCCUUCGUAAAAUCCUGGCAACUCUGACCAUGUAAUGCCGCUGACACUGUGCCGCCUUCGACGGCUCCUCCCGCAGAAGGCCCGCGCAGUCCCAAUCUGCGGCAUUGCAGUACAUGGCUACAUAUGCCUUUGUUCUAGUAAGCCCCUGUAAAAUAGCAACAGGGCAGCCUCUCUUCUCAAUCUGACUGAUGGCCACUAACGUGACGUAUGAAGGACAUGUUACCCAUUUGUAUUGUGUGCUUCUACUCAAAGGCAUUUUGUGUUUUAAUGAUGAUAGGAGCUGGGGAGGAAAAAAGGCCUAGUUAUCUAGAACUUGGUGUUUCCAGGACGAUCAAUUGAGAAAUGCUCUGUUGUGCCCCCUACUGGUAACAAAUGGAUUACCCAUUGCUGAAGAGGAGCUCACCACACACUGCUUGACGCCAUGGAGGUCAAACCUCAGUUUUGAUGAAGGUGUAAUGUGAAAGAUUGUAUGUGCAUAAUAUGUUAUCCCGUGGUACAAGCCACGGAUACAUGCUGAGAACGGAUCUAGAACUUGUCUAACAAGGCUCACUGUGUAUAUUGUGAAUAUGCAUACGUUUGUGCACAGACUUUAUGUACAGAGAGAGGCAGAGAGAGAUCUAUUUAUGUAACCUAGAAAUCUAUAUUUAGGUAAAAGCCACAUUUGCAUCCUGAGCAGAACCAGUAUUCCUCGAGAACGCUGCCGCUGCUGGGGGGAGGUUUGUGGUGAUUCUGAACUGUACUCCGGACGUGUAACUCGCUACAACAGGAGAGGGCAGAUUUAGCUCUCAUGUCCAGCGCUCCAUUUGGAAACCUCGCUUGACGCCCACCUCUCCGAAACUUAACGAUAAUGAGAAAACUUAUUUGUGAUCUGUUUUUUUUUUUUUUUGCCGAACAAAUACCCAAACACCCAUCGGCCUUUUCUUUGUUUGAGGGGCUUGCAGUGUGUCACAAUGCACCUGUCUCUACAGCUGUAGGGAAAUAACCCAUUUUUAUUUUAAGUUCUACCCACCCUAGUAACCUUAGAAAAUAAACCUAGUUACUAAGUAGAAUGCAAAUGCAAAACGAUAUAUAUAUGUUUGGGCCUUUGAUUCUAUUUCCUGUUAGUAGACACUGAUUGACUACAUGUGCAAAGUCUACUUUUGUUUUUUCAUUUUGGAUCAAUUUGGAAUCUGUAUAAAAGACCCAAGAGUGUACAAUGUAUUUUACAUUUAUCACAGUUUAAUAUGCUAUAACUAAAUAUUCCCGCUGUGGCUCUCACAAACAUUAAUGGUUUUUAGGUAUCUAUACAUUUCUUACACCAGUGGUUCCCAAACUUUCUUGAAUCACGGCGCCCUAGAGUAUCAUCAUUAUUUUCAUGGCACCCCUUGGAUACGUUUUUUUAUUGAUACAUUUGGAUUUUUUUUUUUUCUUAAAUUAAGUAAAUUGUACCUUCCUAUCAUCUUUAUGGUCCGUUAUGUGGUGGUGUACAGUUGUGCUUCUGUUUGUCCACAUAUUUUAUGAUUGACAUUCUUCAACACUGGUUUAGCUAUGACUUUUACCAUCAAUAAUUUGAUUUGGUCCUAGAACACCAAACCCAAGGCACCCCUGCAAGAACCUUGCGGCACCCACACAGUUUGGGAACCACUGUCUUAAACCAUAAGACUCUUUGCAUACCCUGUGUAGCUGCAAUCUGAAGGAUUAGUGUUGCAGUUGACCAAAGGGUAGGCAGCCUGCGUUCCUGAAUCUAUAGGUGAAUAUUGGCGGGCAUCCUGCUUUUACAUUUAAGCAAUCUCUUUAAAGCGGGUACAUCGCAGAUAAUGCCAGCUUGUGCAUCCUAGUCGGUGAUGGCACCAGUCCCUGAUGAAAUUGUAGGCUCUGUUUUCAAGAACACUGGUUUAAGAUUACAAAAUGGGAAACGGGUAGCAUCCAUUCUACAUAGGUGACGGGUGCACUUUAAUGAAAGGGAUUGCCUGUUCUGAUAUUUAAAGGAGAAAAACAACUGCCUUCACCGAGUUCUUUAACUUAAAGGAUACAUGGACUCAGCCUACUUUGCCCCUCUGUCUCGGCAGCUUGGACAGAUGAAACCUGCAGUAAGUUUUUGUUUCCCUCCAUAUUCAUCCUGCAAUUCCCUGCAUAGCCCAUUACCACAAGCAUAUAUAUAUCAUAUGGUCCCUUUUGAAAACAUUAUCCUCCAAGCAGCACAGUUGAAGCAGUGGGGCAACGCUGGCGGAAAGUCCCAAGUUCUUUAAUCUGUUUCCGGCUCAUGUUUUGUGUCCGACAGGUUGCUUACCAUUUUAUAGUCUUGGAGAUGAUAUUCAUUGCAGUACCUAUAAAUCUUUGAACAGUCUGGUUUAGAUCUCCAUACUCUGGUCAUUGCAACAUCUUUUCCCUCUUAUGAGUUUAGAAGUUCUCUGUUCACUCUUGAACGUUUUCUGACUAUGUAGCUGCUCAUUGAACAACCCUUUUAUGGAAUGAAUGAUUUCUGUGUAAAUACACAGAGAGAGGUCAUGUAGACAAGCACCAUUGAGGCAAGAGUUCCUUUGGUAGUCCACUCACUUAAGUGCGGUUGCCCUCACUCGUGGGUAGUGGCUUGGAAAGAAAUUGUGUAUCCGCAACAGUGGGGUAUACUGCAAUGUGUCACUCUUUCAUUAUUUUGUAGUAGUGUUAAGAGUUCUCCAUUCCAUUUGUUGCUAAGCGAUAACAUUUCAGAGGGAACUGAUAAAAAUCCGGUUGUGUCCGUUUAAUAUGUGAACUCUGCUUUCGGGUAGCUGAAUGUUUUACAGUGCUUCUGUAGAGGUAAAUUAUUCUAUGAGCAGCUAGAUAUAAAUCUUAUUAUCUAGUAGACUCCAUGGGAGGAAUUCAGUUGUUUGAAAAAUCGGUUGGGUGUCUGUUUUUUCCUGUCUAAUAGACAGGAAAAAAAGUCAGACACCCAACUGACUUUUCAAACAAUUGAGUACCCCCCUAUAAGCAUUUUCAGUAACGCUCACAGGAUUUGGCAACAGUUUUGCAAGGAUUUUUCUCUAUAAACCCCAUUUGGGAGCCAGCCACAUCACCAAAAACAUAUGGUUUGUCUUUGAAACAAAUGACAUAUUUUGCUACAGAUUAUCGCUUGUAGCAAUAAAGACUAAUAAAAAAAAAUUAGAUAGUGAUUUGUUCCCUCCUUCCUGUAUUGACUAGCAGUAAUCUCAUGGUGAGUAUUUCCAGCGCAGAGCUGGUUUAAUGUUAUUGCAAUGUUGUGGCUCAAACAUCGGCCAUUUUAUAAUUGCAUUUAGUGUUUUUUUUUUGUCUUAAUCCAAACUUUCUACAAAAGAAGCGAGGUAAUGUUACAACAGUUUCGCUAACCUCCAAUAUAAUCGCAGCUGAACAGGUUUGGCAAUCCCGGUUCCCGCUUGGUACCGGAUAGGUAAUGGUGGGAGCCAGACCAGCCUUUUCUCUUCUGAUGAUGGCAUCAAUUGAUGCCCCGCUGCUUGGAACUUUUCUUUGAUAAUCUUUAUCAAACAUGUCCUGGGAACGUUUAAUCCAGGAAUGGAGACAUAAAUCCCCCUCUGUUUACGCUUAGGCCACCAGAUGGACUUGAGUUCUUCCUCUUGAAGAAUUCCUUUUUAAAGCGCCCUGUAAUUGGGCCCAUUUUCAUACCACAGUCAUCCUGGCUAACAGAGGGCAAAUAUUCUUGUUCAUAAGGGGGGAACCUGUCCUGAUAUUUGGCAGGGGGAAAACAGUCAGUUCCCACCCAAGGUAUCAACUUGUGAUAUUUUUAAUAUAUUUUUAUUUUGUAAGCAGUUGCAAAUGAAUACCUUUCUGUGGGUUUUAUCAUUUUCUAUCUCUUACUGCAUUUCACAACUGAAACUAAUUUUAAUCACACCUGAGCAUCCACUUAAUUAUCCACUAUUAAUUGCAGUAUUGAUUUAAUCUCUUUUUGGGUUGUAUUACAGCAUACACCUUUUUAUGCAUAUUUUUUUUUUUUGGUUGGGGGGGGAGGGGUGUUCAAUACACUAUUUAGCUGGUGAGAAGUGAUUAAAAAGAACCUCUCUUACCAAGGCAUGUUUAAAUAUUUUCACUAACCAUAAUCUAUGAUGUUGAUUUAAAGUAAUUGCUAAUCUCAUUUAUUCCACGUAAUUGUUUAAAGCACAUUUUCCUGCUACCUUUCUGACGUGAAAUAUGUGGUCUUUCGGUUUUAUUUUAUAAUAUGUUUUGUGUUUUGUUUGCGAUCAAGGAAUGCAGAUCAGGGUGGCACAUGUCUAAAAAGGAAUCAAACGUUUCUUUUUAUUUCUUUUUUUGGAGUUUUUCUUCACAAAAAUCCUUGUUUGAUUUCAGAAAGACACUUCUAGCAGGAAAUGCUGGUUUAAACCAAUUAAGAACACGUACAGUAGCAUAGAAUGGGUUAUUCGUAACCAUUUCCGUCUCUGUUUGCAAUGUUAAACUACCCAGCUAGGUUUUACUUUGGUGUUAAUGGGUACGGUAGGUGGGUGGGCGGGCAGUUAUUCUUAAUGUAGCACUGUUCUUUAUUAUACAUCUAUAGCUUAAAUUGACUAUGGUAGGUUCCCAAGAACUACUGUGAUCUAUAUGACGCCAGACUGGUAUGGCUCAAGACCUGAGCCUGUUGGGGACGGUAGGAUGUCUUGUGAACAGUAGCUGUGUAUAUUGCCUUGUUCUUUGCAUUGUGCACAGUUUCACAUGGCAUUACAAGGUACAUCCGUGACACUGUUACCUGAUGUUACACAGCAGUGCAGUACUUUGAUUUACAGUACCAGAGACAAGUAACCAAUCCCAGUAUUCUGGGGCCAUCCAUACCUUCUAUGACAACUCCGCUUAGAUUCACAAUUAUGUUAUGCAUAGGCCUUUCCCCUUACUGCACUGUGAGUGACCAGUACACAUUAAACUUUGAUCUUCACAAUAGUUUGUUUUAGAGCCGUUUGUCUCCUCAUCCAAACACUUCUAUUGUGUUGUGCGUGGGGACUUCUAUUGUGUUGUGCUUGGGAAAGACUGUAGAGAGUAAUGCUGCCCACUUCCGGUAAUGUUUUUGCGAUUUGACACCCAACUCCUGAUCAUUUCACUUUUAUGACGUCUCGUGAAAGGGCAGCCGUUAAUAUCCAUUAUUCUACUCUUUUAACCUUUUGUCACAUAUAUCUUUUUCUUUUUUUUUUUUAGUUGAUGAUUUGUUUAAGGAUGGAACACAUCCUUGGAGAUAAUUCUAACACAAACUGCUGAAUCAGUGUGUCUUUUAAGAUUAUUUUUUUUGUGUCUUUUUAGAUGUUCUAAAAAUACAUAUAAACUAACAGAACAUUUUCUUAAGAUUUAAAUGUAAGAAACGUCAAUUUAAAAAAAAAACACAAAAAAUGUAAAAAAAAUUAAAAAAAUUCCUUGCACCUGAGUCCUUUUGGGUGUAAUCCUUACCCAUUCUGUAUCUGCUGCACAUGUAUUUGUGAUGAUAUGCUUCUUUUAUUCCUGGUUUAGUGGUAACUAAUUGCUAAUUACUUUUCAAGAAGAAACAAAACCUUUGAAAGGAAAUCUUGCUUACUUUCAAAGUGUAAGUAUAUAUUUUGUAAGCCCGCUCCCUGUUGAACCCAAUUAAUAUAAACUUCUGCUUUCUAUUUCAGGUUUCUUUAUUUAAGUUUUUAUUUUAGCUAGGUUAAUCUUACAUUGCGAUGAAUCUUUGUUAGUAAUUCAUGUUUAAUGGAUACUGUCUGUGUUAAUUACAAUGACAAAAAAAAAACAUGGCUUCUGGAUUAUAUUUUUUCCCCCUGUUAAUAAAUGCCCCUUAUGCUAGUCACCUGUUUAGUGGAUGGGUAAUGUGUAACUAUCUCCCACUUCCCAAAAUCUUCCCGUUCCUGUAAUUCCUACCCCCCAGCAUCUCCAUAGUUUUAUCAAUGUAAGUUAGAGCGGCUAAUCUCUGGGAAUGUCUGUCGUUGCUGAGAAGGUGAAUUUAUGAUGCAGAAUGUUUAGGAAUGCUUCAUGAAGGAGCUUGGUUUCCAGUUAGAAAGACUUACAAUGCUUAAUAAAGUCUAUUCUUUUAGUAAAA